UCUAAAUCAAAGAUGGCUUCAGCUGACAAAAAUGUAGUGGGGUUACUAAAUGGAUUGGCACGAAGGGAAUAUUUCGAAGAAUCGGAAAUCACUGACGACUUCCUGCACCAAGAACUUUUUCCCGACCUAGGAAGAGAGCAAUUUGAUGCAAUGCUGUCGAGAUACGAGAAUUUAAUGCGAAAUAUCGUAUCUGCGGAUAUGGAUUUCAAUCAACUCGAAGCCUUUCUGACAUCUCAGACGAGACGAAAACAAGGCUCACUGACCCAGGAACAAGCUGCAGCGUUUUUAAAGUUCUGGAAAUCGCAAAAGGUAAAAAUCCACGAUGUCUUGGUCCAGAGAUCGUCGUGGAAUAACAGAUUGAAGGACAUCAGCUGGAGGAUUGAUCUGAAGAGCCAGGGGAGACAUCUUCAACAGAUCAACACACCUGUAGCUAUCGUGGAGAUGCAGGUUGAGAAACGAUCAACUGAGAAUAAGGUAGAGUAUUAGUAUUUUAUUUUUUAAAAUUUUUUAAUCGUUUCUAUCCUUUCAUAUCUCCCAAUUGUAGAACACAUAGCCUUCGGCUGGAGCACUGCAGGCAUCACCGUCCUGGGGGAGGGGGGGGUAGCUAAGACGCACAUUCCUUUUCUAAGCAACAAUUUCCAACUUUAGAAGUGUUCAGAACGAGCACAAAGGGAACUAGGAAUAAAUUAAAUAAUUCGAAGUAGUUUGUCACUUUUUGAAGUCUAAGGGUUACAGUUUUACUUUACAUUAACAGCAAGCUCAAAAUUAACCAUCAUCUUAGUUUCUUAUCCUAAUUGUACACAACAUUUUUGAUAUCGCUGGUCCUAGCAGUGUGCAGGUUGCAUGUCACAUGUGAACCUUGUAAUGGCCUUGCUUACCAUUAGGUCAAUCUGUGUGGCUCAAAGAUUGAGCAUUAGAGUGUGGAAUCUGAGGUUCUAUUCCUCUGUGAGACUCAAACUUUUCUUGCUUUGUUGCAUGAUUGCGACAAGAUUAAAUUAAGUCUUUCCCCUUGCCACAAUAGUAUUGAUAAACAUUUAUACAUAUUUUUCAGGAAACGGAUGUUUUCCAGUUUGAAAUGGAUGAAUCUCAGCUCUCAAAUAUCCUCUCAAGUAUUGAUGAAAUUGAAAAGAAACUCACAAGUUAUGCCCAGUGAAAUUUCACAUCUCUCUCUGUCUCUCUCUCAAUCAGAGAGUAGUGAUACUGAUACACAAAUGACUGCCCACAAAACAAAAAGGUCUUCAGUAAUGAUAAAUUGUUAAUUCUCAGAAUGAUUACCUAGUUAGAUAGCUUCAUUAUGUGAAUAUUACAUUGUAGGUGAGAAUUGAAUAAUAAUCAAGCUGAAAUAGUUUUUCAACUAAUUUUCAUCAAAUGUAUAACAAAGUCCACAUCUCAAACAAUAUUGUGAUAAUUAGAAUACAACUUUCUUUUAUAGGGGUGUGGCACAAUGGGGCACAGAAUGACAGCUAAAGAAAAUGAAACAAGCAGCCCUGUAACCCUUUACAUCCUAACAUCAGUAUGCAUAUUCUCCACACUUUUCUUUAUACAUUUCCUAAGCUGCUUACAAGGAGAAUUUGUUUGACAAUCAAAAGCUUCCUUCCCUUGUGACCAUUUCCUUUAUUCUCAUGACCUUAAUGUGCAAUUCAGGAGUGAUAUUGUAGGGAGAAAUUAAAUUCUAGUCACUGUAAGGGUUUAAAGGGAUAAAGAAACAACAGGAUUUUUCUUUUCUAGUUGUAAAUUUUUGCACCAUACUCUCCCUCGCUUUGGCUCUGCUGCUGCUAUUGCACCAUUUAUUAUUUUGCACAGAGUUCACAUGGUCUUAUUUGCUAAACGCCUGGAACAGGUUCCUAAGUCACUCCCCUCUCACCUCAGUAGAAUGAGUAAAAUUUCUCCCAAACAAGUUUGAAUGAUUAUAGAAGUAUCAAUGAAAGUAACAGGUGAACUCUGUGAGAAUUUGAAAGAGACUACUGCAGGUUUUUUAUUUUUAUUUCUUUUCCUAUUAAACCCUGUACCACAAAUAAAUACAUAAACCUACAAAAAAUAAUUUAAAAUCCCAGUAGCAAUUUCAUUUAAAGUAAGGCUUGAUGUAAUGAUGUAAACUAAUAACAUGUCAUCAUUUCAACUUAUGAAUGUAAUCCAUCAGCAUUUCCUCUCAUGAAAGAAGCAACAUGUUCCAAAAUCAUUCACUUUAUAUUGUAGAAAUAGUGAAAGGCAUAACAAGGUUUUCAAAGAGAUGAAGUAUAGAAUAAAUAAAGUAAAUCUUAAAUAUAGUGACUUAAUUAUUAGUUAAGUUUGUAAUAAUAGGACUAAAAAAAAUAAAACUUGAAAUUGCUUAUUGACUAGAAGUCUUAUAGAGAAUAAUUUAUUUUAAUUAGCAAAGUUUACAGUGGAAAUAACUAAAGAUAGAAUAAAGUAACACAAUCCUUAGAUAUCAAUUGGAAAAAAAACCAAAAAAACAGGUGAGAGCCCUUGAUUAAAAGCUGCUGGCCAAAUGAACAGUAUUCACCACUGCAUUCAAUUUGAUGUUUUGCUCUUCUGAAGUUUGUUGUUAAAUAGCAGACUUCAGAGGAAUUGGCAUCUGUAAUUGAACAUCACAUUACGGCAGAAGCUCCCCCUUAUGUGGGUGAUGAAUAUUAUUUCAAGUUGUAAACAAAAAAACACACUUAAAACCGCUUUUUUUUAAAUAAUUCAUAAUGAAAGGCAAUACUGAUGGUAAAUAACUGACUGUUACCAAUUGAAAGUUCUUUCUCUGAAAUCUUACCACAUGGUGGCAAAUAUUUAAUAAGAACACAAAUUAAUGUGACUUCACAGGUUAUUACUACAAGAUAUUCAACUUAAGUUUAAGUUCCUAUGAC